AUGGCCGAGAACAUGCAGGUUGGGAGGCUAGACCUCGCCAGUCGAGCCGUUGACUUGACAACUGUUUUGCUUCGGGCAACUUCGUCGUCCGGGUCCCUGCUUAAAGGCGCGUGGGAGAUCGGGCAGUGGCUCGGUCGCGAACGGCUGAAUCAGUACGAGCUUCUCGACUGCAUGGAAAAGGCCAAGGGCUUCGCGUUUGCCAACCAGACCGGCCAGCAGUUCUUCGACAAGAUCAUCCAAGGACUCGAUACCUUGCCAGUUCGGCCGCUGUUCCUGCAGCACUCGGGGUCGCUGGGCCGACUGAUGGCUGGGGAUCCGAACCUAAGCUGGAUCGUGUCGACUGUAGCGUGCCUCUUCCAGCAUCAUAGAGACGACAUGCUCGUCACCGAGACGGUGACGGCCUGUAUCAUGGAGUCUCACCGCUUGCGAGGGAAAGAGCACGACGUCGUAACUCGAGAUGCAUUUAUGUAUGACCCCGAGCAUACAAGAGUUCGAGCAGUGGUGCGCAAGAUUGUCUCAAGCGUGUGGUACAAUGUCGUCAACGUUGGCUGCGACACAGUCCCGCUUCCUGACGAGCUUCUAGCCGUCUGCCCACGAGGCCACUACCUCGACCCUGCUGACUUUGGUAUCGUCGUCAACACCAUAUACGCUCGUUGCCCAUCCAAAGCUAUCCUGCGAACAACGCAUCUUCUGCGCGAUGUCAUGCUAUGGCUUCUCUUGCAUUACGACGGCGCGAUUGUCGUAAAUGUCGGCGGGCAUAUUGUCUACCGGGCAGACUUCGGAAACCCUCUGCGCGAGCUCGAAGUCAACGUCGCCUCGCCAUGUCCUGACCAAGGUCAUUGCAGUGGUGUGCAUCAGGCGUCGUACCAAAUCUUGCGUAAUGUUUCCGGGAGGUUUGAGGACUUUCUAACAGGCUACAUUUCUUCCGACUUUGAUGACUCACUGCCGCAACCGGGAAUCCGGCAACAGUUGUACGAAAUUCCUCGUCUGUAUCCUAGGGCAAGUCCUAUGUGGAACGAGGGUGUGCGGAUCGUGAUAAAGUGCACAGCACAGUCUAUGAUGCAGUGGUUGCUGAGCGUCCCACUAUCUCCCCAAACAGAUUCCCCAGGGUUCAGUGCCGAGCCUCUCCAACGAGCUGCCGAUGGCGAGAUGACAGUCUCACUAGCCCUGGGAAGAGUACCAUCAAUCCUCAGCUUACAAUGGGGCAGUUCGUUUGGUCCUCCAAUUACCUUCAAAAGCCUAGCAGAGGUCGAAUCUAUCCUUGGUGAAUACGCUGAUUUGGGCAUGGAGGCUUAUGCAGAUUACCGUUUGAUCACCUUAGUUGAAUUCUUCCCGAUUCUGAAGGAUAUGGCAUCCAAAGUGGCUGCUGAAUGUCGAUGUUCAGAAUGCACCAUCUUGAGAGCGGGGUUAGGUACAUUGAACAUCAGGAGUCUUAAACCAGGUUGCCUCUAUCGACUAGCCGUGGAAGAAGCUCUACUGCUCAUAGCCCAUGGCGUGGCAGAUGGAUUUUGUGUUGACACUGUAUCCUCUGUUUCUGAUACUACCCACAUUAUCAAGGGAAUGAUUACUCUGCUUUUAGAGCUUAUGGAAGGUAGAAAGGUCUUGUGGGAUACCUGGUUUGCCGUAGCAUCGUGUGUAUACCUAGGUUGCCCGUUCCAGAAACCUGUGGAACCGACAGACCCAGCCUUCGGCGGGACGGCAUUCGCGGCGAUUCAGUACGGAGAUCUGGCGGCGCAGGCGCCCUGGCUAGACCUGACUCGCAGGCUCUCCGCGCGCGGAUGCUUCCGACUUGUUGGCUCGAAGGGCCGACUUGGGGUGGUGACGAAGAGGCAUGACGACGUACAGUUCCGGAGUGUUGAGGAAAACUUUGCCAUUAUCGAAACCGAGAACACAGAGGACACGUCCCACUUCUGUUCUCGGUACAAGAAGGCAGCGUCGCUUAUUGACCAUAGUCUGAGCCUGGACUUGGACGAGACGUCAGUGAAAACUGAUGUGAUUCUUUGCCACAUAGACGACAAGUUCUACCGUCUCUCGUAUCGCGUCCAGACGAAGAACCAUUGGCGAAUCGUGGACCCAAGCGAUGCUUUGAGCGCCGUAAUUAGAAUGAGCUCUUCAGCUAUCUGUCAUCACAAUGGCCAGCCCCCCGAAAUCGUGCCCCUGAACGCAAAGGUCUACACAAUGGACGAAGUCGUUGGAAGAUGGCCAGAUGUUGUCCGGAGUUCCAUUGGAACUACAGGUGGCCGUGUCACGAAGAGCGGUAUAUUCCACCUGACGCGUGUCCUUGACACUCAUCUGAAAAGUAAUAUCGCACUCGCUCUGACGGUUUGUCCGGUCGCGGUACCAAAUUACCCGGACACUGUUUGCACAACAUGCAUGCUCGAACACGCGGGAAAGGUGGAACGGAAGCCCUACCGUGAUGGUGAGGCAGGACGAACCUCACGGGGCAAGAUGGUUCGAUUAGGCGUAGAUUGA